UUCCGUUGGUCCCCGCGCUUGCCCUCCCGUCGCCAUCAUGCCGUGCAUUAUCGUCAAUGUUCCCAAGACCCCCAUUCCUCACUCACCUUUCCGCUUUUCUUCGCCGCGUUUCCCGCCUGCCUUAGCAGUCCGCGUCCGCCACUCGGUCGCUGGGCCAGAGAUGUCAGGACUGGCGAUGGAUGCCCGAUUAGCGACGCGAUCUCAGCUGUCGCUUGCCACAGUCGCACGGUCGCCUGUGCGACUAAGCCAAAGAGUUGGGAGAGCAUGGCGAGGGGCGUCAGCGACCCCAGGUCUGCAACCGAGCAAGGCGCAGUCGCUGUCGUGGCGCGAAUCGCGGCAAGCAUCGCUGCCGCUAGCCGCCUCACCCACGCGGCAUACGCGGAGAGGGCGGUGGGCCGUUGGCGCGGCGAAGGGGGAAGGGGCGGAGGGGGCAGGGGCGGAGGGGGCAGGGGCGGCGGGGGGAGAGUCGUCGACGGCGUUGACGCCCAUGGAGGUGGAGAGGCGGCCAGAUAAUUGGGUGAGUCCGGCGGUGCUGCAGGAGAUGGGCGAGGAGGAGCGCACGCCCAUCCAGAAGUGGCUCAACCCAAGCCAGGACGAGCUGCCGGACGACGUGCCCAUGAGCAUCUGGGACCACCUCGAGGAGCUGCGCGAGCGCGUGCUCGUGUCCGUGGGGGCCGUGGGCGGCGCCAUCCUGCUGUGCUUCUUCUAUAGCAAGGACCUGGUCGUGUUCCUCGAGGCCCCCGUGUACGCGCAGGGCGUGCGCUUCCUGCAGCUCAGCCCGGGGGAGUACUUCUUCACCACGCUCAAGGUGGCGGGGUAUUGCGGGCUCCUGCUGGGCGGGCCGGUCAUUCUGUACGAGAUCAUCGCGUUCGUCAUCCCCGGGCUCACGGCCAGCGAGCGGCGCUUCCUGGCGCCCAUAGUGUUUGGGUCGUCCAUCCUGUUCUACUCGGGCAUCGCCUUCAGCUACACCGUGCUGACGCCCGCGGCGCUCAACUUCUUCAUCUCGUACGCGGAGGGCGUGGUGGAGUCGCUGUGGUCCAUCGACCAGUACUUCGAGUUCGUGCUGCUCCUCAUGUUCUCCACGGGCCUCUCCUUCCAGGUGCCGGUGAUUCAGCUGCUGCUGGGGCAGCUGGGGCUGGUGACCGCGGACCAGAUGCUGGGCAUUUGGCGCUACGUGGUGGUGGGGGGCGUCACCGCCGCCGCCGUGCUCACGCCCUCCACCGACCCGCUCACGCAGUGCCUGCUGGCGGGCCCCCUCAUCGGCCUCUAUAUGGGCGGUGCUUACCUCGUCAAACUGCUGGAGGGCUCCAAGAAUCCCGCUUAGCCGCUGCAUGUAGACAAGCUAGCGUAGGGUAGACUCCUCCGUUACAAGUAGCUGGGCUGUGCAACAUGCGUUUCUUCCACAACACUCCACGAGUCGAUGGUCAAACUGCACGCGAUUUCAUGUAGAGUUGGCCCCGAUUCUGUUCUGUGGGAAGAUGGUUAGUGCCACAGAAGUUGUCACAAUUUGUCUGAGAAGAAAUAUACCAGCGAAUAUGGA